AUGAGCGCCUCACAACCCUACAAAUCAGCCCAAGAUGCGGCGGCACACCAGCAGCAGCGCUCCCUUACCUCGGGGCUACGCUACCCCUCCAACCGCAAGACCAUCUACGACCGCAAUCUGGGCCGCAGCAAGAAUGCGGAGCUCAGCCGCGCCGCCUUCGCCUACCUCUUCGUCGAGAUGAUCACCUACGCCCAGAGGAAAGUCACCGGCGUCGCCGACCUAGAGAAGAGGCUCAACAGCCAGGGCUACCCGCUGGGCCUCAAGCUGCUCGACCUCCUCUCAGCGCGAUCGCCGGUCGCGGGCGCGCUGACGGCGAACCCGAACCCGACGCGGCCGACGCGCGUGCUGGCGCUGCUGCAGUUCAUCACGACGACGCUGUGGAAGCACCUGUUCAACCGGCCCGCCGACGCCCUCGAGCGCUCCGCCCAGGCCGCCACCGACUACAUGAUCACGGACAACGCCCCGCUCGUUGUCGAGUACGUCAGCACCCCGCGCGAGAUGAGCUCGCUCAACGUCGCCGCCUUCGUCGCCGGCGUCGUCGAGGGCGUGUGCGAUGGCGCCGGCUUCCCGACCAAGGGCGUCACGGCGCAUUGGGUCGAUGAUGGUUCUGCGAGCAGCGGUGGUGCGGCGGCAGGUGGAGCGGAAGGCGAGGCGGGUGCGGGUAGGGAGAUGUGGCCGAGCAAGACGAUAUUCUUGAUCAAGUUUGACGAGAGGGUCAUUGAGAGGGAGGAGAUUUUGGAGCCGCCGAAAUAA